AUGCCACCGGAUUCGACUGACGACAUGGUGCGCAGACCUCAAAUCAUGUCGCCCGCUCAGCGCGAGAACCUGGACGAGCUCGAUCCGCUGGGCGUGCGCGCGAACACUGGCUACAUGCCUGUCGAGCACUAUGGCCUACUCGGCACCAUGCACACGUCUGCGUUGGUAGCCACCGACGCAGGCUUGGACUUCAUGUGCUGGCCAAACUUCGACUCUCCAGCCGUCUUCUGUCGGAUGCUGGACAAGGACAGAGGUGGCACUUUCGCCAUCACCCCCCGUGCUCGCCACGCCAAGGGCAUCCUCACCACGAAGCAACAAUAUCUGCAACACCCCGAAGCCCUCGACUCGGCCUGCCUCAUCGCGCCCUUAGCCUUCUUCUUCGUCGCCUCCAACGACCCCCGCUUCACCAACACCCUCAACCGCACCCUCAAAUCCCCCGAUCAAGGCGGCCUCACAAGCAACGGCAUGGUCUACCGUUACAACCUCCACACCUCCAACGACGGUCUCGCCGGCGACGAAGGGGCUUUCAGUAUGUGUACCUUCUGGAUGGUCGAGGCGCUCACCAGAGCUGGCGCGUACGAGGAGCAGUAUCUCGAUAAGGCGGUGACGUUGUUUGAGAAUGCUCCGGGUUAUGCGAACCAUUUGGGCAUGUUCUCGGAGGAGAUUAGUAAGAGUGGUGAGCAGUUGGGGAAUACGCCGCAGGCUUUCUCGCAUCUUGCGUUGAUUAGUGCGGCGUUUAAUUUGGACCGUGUUACGAAGGGUCAUUCUUGGUAG